AUGGCCUGGCAGUCGCCCUCGGCCAUGAACGGCGGCGGUGCCAACGGAGGGGGUGACGGCAAUGCGCCCGCCGGCACAGAGUACACAUUGCAGGGUGUGAUGCGAUUUCUGCAGCUAGAAUGGCACAACCACGAGCGUGCACGGAAUGCCUGGGACAUCGAGCGCGCCGAGAUGAAGGCCAAGAUUGCAAAACAGGAGGGCGAGGUGCGGAGUGCGAAGAAGCUCAACGACCAGCUGAACAAGCACAUUCGCAUGCUGGAACAGGCCCUCACCAACGAGAGGAAGAAGAAGAGCGAGGCAGCAGGAGGUGACGCCGAGGCCACAACAGAGGACAAGAAUGACCCCAAGGGAAAGAAGAGUGGCAGGAACUCGACGAAGCCUCAAAACAAGAAACACAACUCCUUCCUCGACGUGGAUUCAGAGUUCCUCGACCGUGCAGAGGCCGACCGCGAGAAUCUACGAGAGAAGUCGAAGCUCUACCUCACGAAAUGCGUUGAAGAGAUAACAUAUCUUCUUACACCACCCCCGCAAGCCCCGCAACAACAGCAGAACAUGCAGCCCCUCGCAAACGGCAACGGCUACAUGAACCAUGGCGAGGCCUCGAUGGAAGACAUCUACCUCCAGCAACAUCGCCAGAGGCUGCAGUCGCAACUUCCAACCAUGCCAGGCACAUCUAUGCCUACCCACCAGCCUCCCAACGUACCAGUCCCCUCCGAAUUACAGAGCUUGGCCAACCAGCAUCAAAUCCACCAUGCACCGCAGAUGGCACGAGAACCCUCACAGCAACAACCACUUCCGUCCAACGCUGCCAUGGCUCAAGAGCUUCUCGCUGGACACCAACGCCAGGUCCAGAACCAGCAGCACUUUUCCUCAGUGCCCGAAGAGCAGGUUGAAAAGGUCACUCAUGCUUUCGACAACGAAGGCCGCCAAAUACCGAUACGUGGAGAUGACGCGUCGGAUGCAAGCCAGGCUGCCAACCAAGACAAGGAUACAGAUGAUUGGAUCUUCGACCCUGCAUCGGAGACAGCUCAGGAUGGCCCACCAAGGCGGCCAGACACCGAGGAGUUUCCAUCAGCGGAUAGCAUCCCAGCAAAAUCACCACCACGACCAGUCAAGAGGGCCAGCAAAGACCAUGUUAGGCGAUUGAGCAACGACCAGAAAGCACAGCAAGCCGUAGCUCAGUCAGCAGCAAAGAACGACCCGCAAAGUUUCAAAGUUCGAUUCGCACUCCGUGGUCACCUUGAUGUCGUGCGGUCAGUUAUUUUCACCGGGGGUGGCAGUCCCAGUGAACCCGAGAUCUGUACCGCAGGAGACGAUGGCAUGAUCAAGAGAUGGAUGAUUCCCGCAAGUUACGCAAACCAGCACAGCAUGAACAAUGAUCUCGACAUCCAGCCGUUCUGGUCACAUCGAGGACAUGAAGGCACUGUGACAUCAUUGGCAGCCUGCCCCGCUUCUGCUCAUUUCGCUACGGGCGGAAGAGUCUCUGGCGAUGGCUGGAUAUUCUCUGGUGGUCAAGACGCUACGAUCCGCGUAUGGGAACGAGGCCGAGUCGAUCCCAAGGCCACCCUGGAAGGGCACACAGAUGCUGUCUGGACUGUAUGCGUUCUUCCGACCAACUGUGCUAAUCUCUUUGGCGCGGAUAGUAGCAAGUAUGGAGGACCGGACCGCGUCAUACUUGCUUCUGGGUCUGCUGACGGCACUAUCAAAAUCUGGGCUGUAAGUGCGCCGCCUCAGCUGGUCUCACCGCAGACGGGAUCUCGACGUGGUGUUGGUGGUAGCCGAAGACAUUCCGUCACAUCUGGCUCGCAUCACCCAUCCUCACCGCAGCCCAGCAUUGCUACUACGACACCAUUCCAUCACACGUUGAUACAUACUAUCGAGCGCGACACGCAUCCUUCGCCUACUUGUAUCAGCCCGCUAUCACCCACUGGAGAGAACUUUGUUGUCUCAUUCUCCGACGCAUCUAUAUUGGUGUACGACACGAGGACCGGCGAGGAAUUGAUUGGUAUGGCUAGCAAUGAGUCAUAUGACGGCACUCCAGCGACUGGUAUUACAUCAGUCGUGACAAGUUCCCAAUACCUUGAAGGCUCGUCACAAGAGGCGGGUCGCGGUGGUCCUGACGAGGAAGGUAUACACGGCCCGACGGGAUCUGCCAAUGGCGGUCUCGAAGGUGUUGUAAUCAGUGGGCACGAAGACCAUCUCAUCCGGUUCUUCGAUGCCAACUCAGGACAAUGUACAUACAGCAUGCUUGCACAUCCUGCAGCUAUCUCUUCGUUGUCGCUCAGCAAAGACGGCCGGGAAGCCGUCUCCGCUGGCCACGACGCUUCCAUUCGUUUUUGGUCCCUUGACAAGCGCAUCUGCACACAGGAGAUCACCGCGCAUCGUAUCAUGCGUGGCGAAGGUGUGUGCAGCGUAGUUUGGAGUCAGGACGGUCGCCUUGUCGUCUCAGCAGGUGGCGACGGCAUAGUGAAGCUCGUCGCUCUGCCCCAGAGCAUCCAGUCUGCAAAAGAACUUUACGACUUGCGCCUCAAAUACAAAGAUGCCUCGGUUCUCAUUACCGCGAUAUACUCCGAGUCCAUGGUCAUUGCAGCGUCAUUGUCUCAAGUCCAAAGCCUCCUCCAACAUGACGCGCUACGGGAGAAGCCCCAGCUGCUCGAGACCUUCGAUCGUGCGCUUACGGGAUGUCGAGUCGUAUACGGGUGCCUAGAAGAGGAGGUACGCGACUUGAGAGUGAAGGCGGAGAACGACAACCUGAAGUUCAAAGACAAAGCGAAGUUUGUGUUCAAGGAAGAGACCUUCAAAGAGCUGCUCACCCAGAUCCGUGGCCAGCAGUCAGCGCUCAGUUUGCUGAUACAAGGAUUGCAGAUGGAGUCAAUUGCGGAUAUCAAGAAGCUGGUUGAGGAUAAUAGUGUGACACUCGAUCAGGUUGUAAAGCGGUCGAGGACUCUACGGCAGUCGCACCCGAAACUGAAGGUACCGGAGUCGUUGUUCGAUCGGAAAGGUCUCGGCGACAAUGAGGCUGAUGUAGAGUCUAUCACGAAAGCUACGGAGUUUACGUUCGAUGAUGAGGUUGUCAACUCGAAAGCGUAUCGUAGGGCUAUGGCAAUAGCCAUGUCUACUUCACGCUACGAGAUCGAUGCGUCUGAGGAGACAGGUACUGCGAUACCAGAAGACAAUUCGAUCGCUCUCGAGACGACGCCUCCCAGUGUACUGAAGUCGGAAACAGAGAGAGAACCAUCCCCUCAGGCCACAACGACGAAUGAACACGCAGAUUUGUUCGACACCCUUGAGCGCGACAUACUAUCCUUUAUGCCGCAAACCUCAUCCACGACACUUUGCUUGACCCCCAACCACACAGGGUCUAAGAGUCCUUCUUCGCUACCAAAUGAUCCUUACGGCUCAUUGACUCCGGCGCCGCUGCGAUCAUUCAGUGGAGACAGCGGAAUGGGGAUUUCAGAAGCUGCGCCUCCGUUGCCUCCUCGCCGCCCAAGUGAGCAGCAUGUCGCAACGCCCCAGAUGCGCUCAGUAUCUUCUGAUGAUAGCAUGUUUUCCUCCAUCGCACCAUCGAUUUUAUCAAAAGCGUCCACAGGAUCGUCUUACACCGUGUACGAAACUCCACCGUUAAGCCCUAAUUCGACCGGCAUACCUUCGCGAAAGCCCCUGCCCUUCAUGCAUAAGCCAUCUUACAACGCUCAAGGUAACACCACGCGUGGUAUGGACGAAGUUGCAGCAGCUGGGGCAUCGUUACCCUUGUACAAUGUCGAAAUGCACAGUAUCUGGAUGUCACUGGCCGAAGCCGAGAGGAAGUUUAUUGACCGCAUAAUGAGACUGAAGCGAAUGUUCUACGAUAAUAUCAUAAAGCAAUGGCCGGUCCUUGAGAAGCAUAUGGAUGCUAUCCUUAUCGGCGAGCAACUUGCGACACUUCAUCAGCAGUAUCUGCUCCAGGCGAUGGACCGUGAUCUCGCUGGCAGUACUAAUGCCCUCUGCAAUCCAUACAUGAUCGAUAUCUGGGUAGAGAAGAGUCAACAACUGUAUCGAGAAUACUGUCGCAAGAUGCCGCAUGCGGCCUCCUCACUACGAACGACACAGAACUUGGACCCGAAGUUUACACCUUUUGUCAACACACUUGGUCUGAGUAUCGCUUAUUUUGGUAAGAGCUGGCAAGACUAUCUGGAGCUUCCUCAGGUACAGAUGCAGAGUUAUAUCGACAGUCUGCAGAGGCUUGUCAACAUCGCGGACUCCCUCAAUGACCCGACAGCAAACCAGGAGGCUAUGCGUUUACGCCGUGCUCUACAGGCCGUCACUUGGCUGAAAACAUCCAUCUCGACCUUACUAGAUGAAGCUCAGGCUCGUGAAGAUGUACAGAAUCUCCAGAGGCGUAUCCGCACAGAUGCGCUAACGUUUGCGCAACUGCGUCUGCACGAACCUGCCCGUCGCGUCAUUCACCAAGGCGGCAUGGCGAUGAAGUUCAAGAGCCAGGGACCUUGGAUUCCAGUACACGCCAUGUUGCUCGAUAAUUACUUCAUAUGGGGCAAAGCUAAGAAGAGCAAAGGCGAUGAGGUUCUGAUAACGGACCCACCUAUCGCGGUCGCCGACAUGGAUCUGUCCCUUCCCACAGACGCAUACCAGUUUCAGAAGGCUACCAUGCUCGACCAGAUAGCAAGGGGCUCAGUCGUAUACAUCAUCACAAUCAACAACAAAGCCCAGCCAGGCAAACCCAGUCUGCUAGGCCUGGGCGAUACUGAACGGACUCUCGACGAGCUACAGCACUCAGCUCUGGCGCUUCACUACACCGUACACAACAACCACUGCCUGUCCAACCUCGAGAGCCUGAAGCCUCCGGCUUGCGAUGUGUACCUCCCUGACAAUGGGGCCGACCUGCUUCUGUUCGGAAUCGUACCGGUUUGGAAGAACAACAGCUGGCGAUUGCAGUCCGCUUCUGAGACUAUCACGGAGGUUAACGGUGCGCCCAUUCAGUUCAGCGAUCCGCAUGCACAAAACCAGUUUCCACAAGCGAUCUAUCUGCGGCAGAACUCAGUCAACCACGUUUUCGUCAAUGGCUUGCGAGUCGACAUCUUCAUGUUAAAGGCAGUACGAGAACUCUACGCGAUGGAAACAGCAUUCUUGCCGUCAGAGCUGCAUCCCCACCUACAAGACGUCACUCAUCGCCCCGAAGCUUGGGCGCAAACUCGCUACCUGCCGCUAUCUGAACAAGUCUCCGCGAACACCUGCCGGGUUCUCGAACGCUUUACAGGCAAGAUCGAGACAGCGAAAUCCUUCCGCCGUGCGGGAAACCGCCGCGAACUUCGGGAUGCUGAGUUUCUCAAGUUUGGCAAGACUAAAGUCGAUGUAUCCGUAGUUCGUUACUUGCAGUCUCUCGACAUUAACCACAUCCCCGCUGUCAUUACCGAGACGCAUGAGGGCUUCAUGACAUACGCGGCUCUCGAAGAGGACAUCAAGAAGCAACAUCCGCGCGUGCGCUUCUCAAUCGCUUCGAAGCUCUCGCGGCGACUGUUAUCAGCCCUCGCCUUCUUGCAUUUCCACAAGAUCGUUCACGAAAACGUCACCAAAGAGGGUGUCUUGCUUCGCCUAGGGGACUACAAGCCCGAAGCUGUGCUCUUAGUCGACUAUACGAGGGCAACGUCGUUCCCUGCUGGCAUACCUGAACCUCUGGAGAAGAUGAUCGAGGACGGUCGCGCCGCGAUGGAGAUUGUCGAGAGCUGCUGCGAUAUCUGGCAACUGCGGAAGGCACCACCGAAAGAUGCCUUCGGCGAAGCCUUCAUGGCGAAGAAGACCGAGGUUGCUCGCCAAGAAUCCGCUCUCAUGGAGCGCGUCGUCGCCGACUUCUUCGGACCGAAAGGCAAAUCGCGAGAGUCUGAAAAGGGCAAGAAGAUGCUCAACUUGGUGCAAAAGAAGCGAGACGACUGGCAUUCUGCUCGAAACGCUCAGAUCCACAAUGCGACCCGCCGUGAGGUAGGGCUAUGCCGCUCUGAUAUGAUCAAAAAGAUGGAGCAUGAGUGGUCACUCCUGCAUCCAUUUCCAAAGAUCGGCGAAGAGCAGCAUAUGAUAUUGACUCUGGGGCAUCCAUACCUAGACGGCCUGGCUACGAAACUCUACCACAAUCAAUGGGACCUGCCCCCGCGGGAUGUGUGCACCAAGAUCCAACAACUUGCCGGCGAGGUGGAAGAACCCUGGCAGACCUUCGCAGUCAAGCGAACAGUGCCAUUGACACAGGUCGAGGGUGGCUUCGAAGAGCGUUGCUUCUUGCACUGGCUAGCGAGCUGUUGCGAAGCCUACCCAGAGUGGCGUCACGCGAUUGUUGAGGAGUACGAGCGCCUCGUCGCACCCCAGCACGGAGUGAUUGUCUUUGCAGAUAUCAAGAAGCUUCGAGGUGCUCUUGCGGGUCUAGGUACCAUGCCGGAGGUCCUACACGCCACAUUCACGCGUUUGUCCAGUGAGAUCAAGACCCAGCCUACUACGAACAUCGAAGAGGUGCACAAGAUCUGGUAUCACCUGCCCUCACGAAUGUUCAAUCUGACCCAACUACAUCGCCUGGCAACUCCUGGUCGCCUUGUCGCCUGCAUCAAUGAGGGCGACACAGAUUGUAAUGACUGGGUAGAAGUACGCGGAGAGCCCAAGCUAGAGGGUCAUUACGCCACCCUGUCCUUGUUGUCGGACUUUGCGAAGCAACUAGGACUGACAGCCGAGGACUAUCGUCUUACGCAAGACUUCCCUCCAUAUGAUCCAGCGGACUUCAGCCGGGUUAUACAGCGCGUCGUCCUUGCUCACACUGGUCUUCUUCCCUGGGCAUCUGUCACUCGCAAGGGCGCCCAGUUCAACUUCCAUGCACCCGAUAUUGCCCGCGACUACGAGAGUGCUGGGGCGUUUUUAUCUACUUAUUUUGGCGGUAUGAAGAUGUUGCCCACGAUGCCACACGGUAGUGAAUUCUAUGAGCGCCCUGGUCACUGGUCAAACUUCAAGACUGGAAGGGAAAUCGAUGAGGCAAUGGAAGUGGACAAGCGACCCAUUCUGCCUGCGAAGGGUCAGUUGAAGAAGUCGGCAUCGCAGUCGAUGAAGCCGCUUCAGGUUUUGUCGCCGCAUGUUGAUCGUGCUCGCCUCUCUCAGACGCUGGAGACUCGCAAGCGUGCUCGUGCUAGGGCUCGACCUCUAGGUAAACGCGAUGCAGACAACGAAGUAUCGGGCACAGCCAUGCAGGCCGCGAAGCGUCCACAUCUUCUUCUCAGUGCCCAAGUCUCCCAUCAGCCCAAUGCACCACCAGCGGAGGAGCCCCGGCCUACUACCUCGUUGACGGACCGUGAUCUGGACAAAACCAUUGCCAACCUGGAACGCCAGUUCUCAUCUGGUGAACCGCUCCCUCAAGUCUCACACGUGCCAGACACGUCGUUCUUCACACGAAACAACGGAGUAAACACCAAUGUCCUUAGCAGCCCGCCUGCUAUCUCAGCAAUUGAACAGGGAACAUUCACUAUCGUAUCCGAUGACGAAGUCAACUUAGACGAAGACUACAAGCAAGCAGAAGAUUGGCUGAAGCAUAUGGAGGAAGACGAUGCGCCUCGAGAUUCCGGUAUCUUCGGUCUCAAUUUCCACCAUACCUUCCGUGAGCAGGGUGAUGAACUGGAUGCUGAAGGAGACGAGUCAGGUGAUGAAGAUGGUGGUGGAGCGACGCCGGUUACCAGUGACAAGGCGAAACAGAAGGACCCGCCGGCACCCAAGCUCAAAGACAACAGCGCGUUUGCAGCCGGCUUGAAUGCGAUGGCGCCAAUGCGAGGUAUGAGCAAUGCACAGGCAGUCUCACAGUCCUUUCCCAUGUUCCAAUCGGCGCCCAAGCAGAGCAGUCCUCCUUUCGCUCGACCAGCUUUCCUGGCUACCCUCCGUGCCGAGUCUGGAGCUCACCGUCGCAACGAUAUCUCCAUUUCGGAUCUCGCCAACGUGAGUUUCAGGAUUGAUCCUGCGCGCUCAGAUCCUCCACCACCGGCAAAGGGUGUGAGGGGAUCUGAGCAAUCGCCGCCGCCGUCAGCCCAGCCACAGCGUGUGGAUGAGUCGUUUGGAUCUGACGUUUCUGUUCCGAACUGGAGGAUAACAGGAGAAUGCAAGGACAGUGAGGAAGAAGAGGAAGAAGAUGGAGAACUGAAAGACUGUCAACCAGGCGAGCGGCUUAGUCAGGGUGAGUCACCAGGCACGCAACCGGGAGAGCCUUCUAGUCAGGAUGAGCCGCCAGCCACGGGACAAGACGAGGCUCUACCAGCCACGCAACCAGGACGAGACAUCUCCGGUCAGUACGACGCUCUACAAGACGCACAGCCAGGAGAAUUGGCCCGUCUGCAUGGACUACCAGACACCCAACCAGGAGGUCAGUCAAGUAGCGUAGAACAGCAUCCCGAUCAAGGCGAUGAUCCAUGGAGCCAGCCACCAGUAGGGUGGGAUGGUCGGAGUCCCUACUCGUCGUUCUACCCACCACCAUGGAAACGAUAG